CUGCCAUUAAACUAAAGAAGAAGAAGAAGCCAGCAACCAAUCAGGCCAUCAGACAAAGAUGCAGAAAUGAGUGACUUCAUAAGCGCUUUGGUUUUAUUCGGGGCAGGAACCAGUUUCGCCUGUUCGGGCUUGUUUCACCACUUAUACCACGAGAAGAAGAAAGAGUUGAAAAAACUGAAGGAGAUACCGGUGUUCAGACCUGAUCAACGUUUGUCCGCAGUGUUGAAGUCGUCUCCCCGCAGGAGGCUGCAUUAUGUUGCAGUGGAAGGUGUCGUGCAGGCAGACGAGGAGCCUCUUAGCAGCCAUUUUGUCCCAAAAUGCUUCGGUGUGCUUCGGAGGACAGUAGUCCAGGAACAUUCCGAAUUCUGGAACACCCUCACUAAAACAUGGCGCCCUCUGCUGGUGAACCGGAGAGAAACCAACAACGCCGUGCCCUUCUCUCUCGUCUGCCCCGGCUCCUACAUGGCUGACUUUGAGGUGAAGGUGCAGGAUCCCUUGGCGGGCUCGGGGUACUUCCUGGAGCAGGUGCACUACCGCGUGAGGCAGGCCGAGGAGGGCCUGGUGAACGCGGUGUUGCGGGGCAUUGGCGGCGAGCGCUCGGUGGCGAUAGAGGAGAGCGAGGAGAUGCUGCGGGUGGGGAGCAGCCUGACGGUGUUCGGAGAGGUGCUGCUGGAGGAAGACCACGGGAGGAUGCAGGCGCCGCAAGAUGGCCGCCAGUACCUCCUGGUGCCCAGCAGCUAUGAGAGCUACAUGGAGCGGCAUGAGAGAGCAGCCAGCAUGUGGAAGAUGUUGACUGCUGCUACAGGCAUCACCGGAGCAUCGCUGCUCGCCGCUGUUGUUUACAACAUGGUGGGAAGACGGGACGAGAGAUCCAAAUAAUCCCAGCAGUCCUGACUAGUGAUGUGCUGAUCGAUACUGAACAAUAGAUACUGCCGAUACCAGAUCUUUAUGCUCUAAUAUUGAUUCUCAAAUCAAAAUAUCCAUACUUUAGUUCAGGGGUGUACAAACUUUUUCCACCAGUAUGUGGGGCCAUAUUGAUAUUUUUUUAUUUUAAAAAAUUAUAAAAAUAGACAUUAUUGGUGACCAAUCAUAUUAUUAUUAAUUAUUAGUUAGAAUAUUUUAGCUUUUUCUAAUUACAUACCAUUUUUUUUCUUAAAUUUUUCCUGUUGGUUUUUUCCCCAUGUAAAAAUAAAAUAAUAUUAAUACUAUGAUUGUGUAACUGCAUACCACAGUGUGUCAUAAAAUAAUCUUCAGUUACACAUAUAACAGUGUUAAUUAUGGUUGUUGUAAUUUUCCUAAUUAAUUAAAUAAGUUGGUAUUAUUUUAUUUAUUAAAUGUAAUUUAAAUAUUGUUUGAUUUGAAAGCUUCUAACAUUUUAGAUGAGGGGUGUCAUAACUUUUUCUAAUUACAUACCGAUUUUUUUGUCUUUUUUCUUAAAUUUUUCCUGUUGGUUUUUUCCCAUGUAAAAAUAAAAUAAUAUUAAAUAAAUAUUAACUGCAUACCAUAGUGCGUCAAAAAAAAAAAAAAAUUAAUUACAUAUUUAACAGUGUUUAUUAUGGUUGUUGUAAUUUUCCAAAUUAAUUUAAUAAGUAUUAGUUUUUAAUUACAUUAAAUUUAAGUAUUGUUUAUUUUGAGAGCUUCUAACAUUUUAGGUGAUGAGUGUCUAAACUUUUUCCACCAAGGGCCGCAUACUGAAAAGUCAAAUGUAUGUGGGGCCAUAUUGAUAUUUUUGUAUUUUAAAAAAAACAACUAACAACAGACUUUUUAUUAGUGGCGACCAAUCAUAUUAUUAUUAUUUAGAACAUUUUAGAUUUUUCUAAUUACAUACCAAUUUUUUUGUCUUUUUUCUUAAAUUGUUCCUGGUUUUUUUUCCCAUGUAAAAAUAAAAUAAUACCUAAAUAUUAACUGCAUACCAUAGUGUGUCAAAAAAUAAUCUUCAAUUACAUAUUUAACAGGGUUUAUUAUGGUGGUUGUGAUUUUCCAAAUGAAUAAGUUAGUAUUAUUUUUUAAUUACAUUUAAUUUAAGUAUUGUUUAUUUUGAGAGCUUCUAUCAUUUUAGUUCAGGGGUGUCUAAACUUUUUCCACCAAGGGCCACAUACUGAAAAGUCAAAAGUAUGUGGGGCCAUAUUGAUAUUUUUGUAUUUUAAAAAAAUGCUAAAAAUAGACUUUGUAUUAUUGGUGACCAAUCUUAUUAUUAUUAAUUAUUAGUUAGAACAUUUGAGCUUUUUCUAAUUACAUACAAUUUUUUUCUUUUUUCUUACAUUUUUCCUGUUGUUUUUUCCCCAUGUAAAAAUAAAAUAAUAUUAAUAAUAUGAUUGUGUAACUGCCUACAAUAGUGGGUCAAAAAAUAAUCUUCAAUUACAUAUUUAACAGUGUUAAUUAUGGUUGUUGUAAUUUACCAAAUUAAUUUAAGUAUUAUUUUUUAAUUAAAUGUAAUUUAAGUAUUGUAUAUUUUGAGAAUUUCUAACAUUUUAGAUCAGGGGUGUCUAAACUUUUACCACCAAAAGCCACAUACUGAAAAGUCAAAAGUAUGUGGGGCCAUAUUGAUAUUUUUUUAUUUAAAAAAAAAAAGAAGCUAAAAAUAGACAUUGUGUCAGCUUUGUAUUAUUGGUGACCAAUCAUAUUAUCAUUAAUUAUUAGUUAGAACAGUUGAGCUUUUUCUCAUUACAUACCAAUUUUUUUCUCUUUUUUCUUACAUGUUUCCUGUUGUUUUUUCCCCAUGUAAAAAUAAAAUAAUAUUAAUAAUAUGAUUGUGUAACUGCAUACAAUAGUGGGUCAAAAAAUAAUCUUCAAUUAAAUAUUUAACAGUGUUAAUUAUGGUUGUUGUAAUUUACCAAAUUAAUUUAAGUAUUAUUUUUUAAUUAAAUGUAAUUUAAGUAUUGUAUAUUUUGAGAAUUUCUAACAUUUUAGAUCAGGGGUGUCUAAACUUUUACCACCAAGAGCCACAUACUGAAAAGUCAAAAGUAUGUGGGGCCAUAUUGAUAUUUUUUUAUUUAAAAAAAAAAAAGAAGCUAAAAAUAGACAUUGUGUCAGCUUUGUAUUAUUGGUGACCAAUCAUAUUAUUAUUAAUUAUUAGUUAGAACAGUUGAGCUUUUUCUCAUUACAUACCAUUUUUUUCCUCUUUUUUCUUAAAUUUUUCCUGUUGUUUUUUCCCCAUGUAAAAAUAAAAUAAUAUUAAUAAUAUGAUUGUGUAACUGCAUAGUGGGUCAAAAAUAAUCUUCAGUUACACAUUUAACAGUGUUUAGUAUGGUUGUUGUAAUUUUCCAAAUUAAUUAAAUAAGUUAGUAUUAUUUUUUUAAUUAAAUUAAAUCUAAAUAUUUGUUUUGAGAGCUUCUAACAUUUUAUAUCAGGAGUGUCUAAACUUUUUCCACCAAAGACCGCAUACUUAAAAGUCAAAAGUAUGUGGGGCCAUAUUGAUAUUUUUGUAUUUAAAAAAAAACAUGCUAAAAAUAGACUCUGUAUUAUUGGUGACCAAUCUUAUUAUUAUUAUUAUUAUUAUUAUUAUUAUUAUGAGUUAGAACAUUUUAGCUUUUUCUCUUUACAUACACAUUUUUUUCUCUUUUUUCUUACAUUUUUCCUAUUGUUUUUUUCCCCAUGUAAAAAUAAAAUAACAUUUAUAAUAUGAUUGUGUAACUGCAUACAAUAGUGUGUCAUAAAAUAAUCUUCUGUUACACAUUUAACAAUGUUUAGUAUGGUUGUUGUAAUUUUCCAAAUUAAUUUAACAAGUUAGUAUUCUUUUUUAAAUUCAAUUUAAUUAUUGUUUAUUUUGAGAGCUUCUAACAUUUUAGAUCAGAGGUGUCUUAACUUUUUCCCAUACUGAAAAGUCAAAAGUAUGUGGGGCCAUAUUGAUAUUUUUGUAUUUAAUUUUUUUUAUAAAAGUAGACUUUGUAUUAGUGGUGACCAAUCAUAUUAUUAUUAAUUGAGCUUUUUCUAAUAACAUACCAUUUUUUUCCCACUUCUUUCUUACAUUUUUCCUGUUGUUUUUUUCCAUGUAAAAUUAAAAUAAAAUGAUCAAUAAUAAUACUGAUUGUGUAACUGCAUACAAUAGUGUGUCAUAAAAUAAUCUUCAGUUACACAUAUAACAGUGUUUAUUAUGGUUGUUGUAAUUUUCAAAAUUGAUUAAACAAGUUAGUAUUCUUUUUUUAAUUAAAUUAAAUUAAAUUAUUGGUUAUUUUGAGAAUUUCUAACAUUUUAUAUCAGAGGUGUCUUAACUUUUUCCACCUAGGACCGCAUACCGAAAAGUCAAAAGUAUGAAGGGCCAUAUUGAUAUUUUUUUAUUGUUUUUAAAUGCUAAAAAUAGACAUUGUGUCAGCUUUGUAUUAUUGGUGACCAAUCAUAUUAUUAAUUAUUAGUUAGAACAUUUUAGCUUUUUCUAAUUACAUACCAUUUUUUUUUCUCUUCUUUCUUCCAUUUUUCCUGUUGGUUUUUUCCCAUGUAAAAAUAAAAUAUUAAUAAUAAUGAUUGUGUAACUGCAUACCGUAGUGGGUCAAAAAAGAAUCUUAAAUUACACAUUUAAGUGAAGUGAAGUGAAGUGAAUUAUAUUUAUAUAGCGCUUUUCUCUAGUGACUCAAAGCGCUUUACAUAGUGAAACCCAAUAUCUAAGUUAUAUUUAAACCAGUGUGGGUGGCACUGGGAGCAGGUGGGUAAAGUGUCUUGCCCAAGGACACAACGGCAGUGACUAGGAUGGUGGAAGCGGGGAUCGAACCUGCAACCCUCAAGUUGCUGGCACGGCCGCUCCACCAACCGAGCUAUACCGCCCCAGGUUUAUUAUGGUUGUUGUAAUUUUCCAAAUUAAUUAAAUAAUACGUUUUUCAUUAAAUUAAAUUUAAGUAUUCUAACAUUUUUACAAAUUUAAUAAGUUAGUAUUUUAUUUUUUUAUUCACUAAAAUUUGUUUAUGUUUUAAGUAUUGUUUAUUUUUCUAACAUUUUAGAUCAGGGGUGUCUAAUGUUUUUCCACCAAGGGC